CUUUGCGCGCUCCGUGUGUUGUUUUCGACUGCCAAAAGGCCGGAUCUGCAGUACCGGCUGGUGCACGGCCUGCCGGGGCAGGUGGCAAGCGGCACCAUACACCGUUUCACUUACUUUUUCACCGAGGACACGAUUAAACAGAACCGAGCGGCUAAUACCGGCUGUACAAACGGACACUACCCCUCCAGCAGACAGCGACCCACCACCGCACCCGUCAGCAUGGCGUUGGACAUACUGUCCGUUUGCGGUUGGCCAAUCGCCGGCAGCAGGAACGACCACCAAACGCCGCCACAGCAGGCACCGCCGCGCGUUACCCUCGUCCAGGAGCAGUCCGGUGUCGAUGGAGCCUUCCUGCUCGCAAUGCUGCUGACGAACCAUCUCAAGCGCAGCGGCGACAGUCGUGUGCUACUAUUCGCUGCCCAUCACAAUGCCGCCCACUAUACCGCCGCCUGCCAGAAGCUUACGUUUAACGCCGCAUCCGCCAUCCAGUCGGGCCAGCUGCGCAUCGUCGACGUGCUGGCGGCCGUGUACGGGGGCAGUACGGGUGGAUCGGCACUGCUGCAGCUUAUCAGCGACCGGGUGGCCGAGGCUGGCCCCACCAGUAACACACUCAUCAUCGUGGACGAUCUUACCUGCCUCGGUGCAUUGAUGGGCGGCGGAAGUGGUGAAAAUGCUGUGAUCGAUUUUGUCGAACGGCUUCUGCUGCCACUCCACCCGGCGGCCGCCCAUUGCGUGCUGAAGGUGAACGUGUCGGAAUGCUACGAACGGUUGUGCACGUUCCUGGCCGAUCUGGCGGAUGUGAUCGUCGGGCUGGGACCGCUCCCGUCCGGUGCCAGCCACGAGCUGGACGGUAUCUUAACGGUGUACCGCCGCCAGUCUACCUCGUACCCGCUGCUGGGCGCAUUGCGCGAACCAGCCAAAACGCUGCUCUACAAAGUGCAUGACCGGCUGGUACGGACCUAUGUGCCCGGAGAGGUGGGAAUAAAAAAUCUAUAAUACCGCCAGCAGUACCGAAUCCAACGCGACGGUGUUUGGCGGCAUGCCAAGUGUAAUAUUUUACGG